UCUGGAAGGAAGGGGAAGCGCCAAAAGCAUCGACGCGACUAAAGAGGAAGUGGGAAAAGAAGCCUCAGCUAGUUUUCCGAGCAUCAAUCAAUGUCAGUAACAUUGCACACGAAUCUGGGUGAUAUAAAGUGCGAGAUCUUCUGCGACGAGGUUCCCAAGAGUGCUGAGAACUUUUUGGCGUUAUGUGCAAGUGGGUACUACGAUGGUACCAUAUUUCAUAGAAAUAUCAAAGGGUUCAUGAUUCAAGGAGGUGACCCUAAUGGCACCGGCAAAGGAGGUACUAGCAUCUGGGGCAAGAAAUUCAAUGAUGAGAUCCGUGACUCCCUUAAGCACAAUGCAAGAGGUAUGCUCUCAAUGGCAAACAGUGGACCAAACACCAACGGAAGCCAGUUCUUUAUCACCUACGCUAAACAACCACAUCUCAAUGGAUCGUACACCAUCUUUGGCAAAGUCAUUCAUGGCUUCGAAGUCCUUGACAUUAUGGAAAAGACACAAACAGGGCCAAGAGAUAGGCCGCUUGCUGAGAUAAGGCUAAACCGUGUGACGAUCCACGCCAAUCCACUUGCUGGUUAAAAAAGGGUCAAAAAUAAAGCUUCUACUGUUGUUGGUUAAGUCUUUCAUUUUGUAUCCUCUCGGUAAAGCAAGCUGAUGAUGAGACAUGAACACGCUCACAAGUUAAAACCAAAACCUCUGUUUCACAUGUCAAAAAGUUAGUUUUAUUACUAACAGUUGUUACUAGUAGUGUCCUUUUGAUCUGAAAGGGGUUUUUCUUUUUGUUUGUCUAGUUUAGUUUUUAAAGUACAGUCUCAAUCAAUUGACACACUGUCUGUCUCUCU